AGAGCCUCCUGCUCAACAAGACCAUUUUGUAAGCUGCGUAAUGCACGUUGCUUAGCUCGCGCAUUAGGAUGUCCACAUUCGCUGGAGUCCAUGAGGGCGCUGAAGUCGCAGCCUUACCGGCUAAGAGCCAGAUAGAAUAUCUCAUAAGCCAAACUUCUCCAUCUUUGCUGCGACCGAUGGCUUUUUUCGUGAGCUGGAAUGGUGUGCUUACCCUGGCAUACAGCGGCUUCCCUCCGGCUCUCAUGUACCUGAAGCAGUCCCUCAACGACACCGUGGAGGGCCUACCCGCCGAGUACUCCGGUUCGAAGUGGCCCAAGACCUCUCUAGGGGCGCUGCAUGAUAAGGCCCGACUGACGCCGGAGCAGCUAGAUCGUCUGAACGCCAUUUGCAGGGAGGAGAGUGCCAAGUUAGUCCAGGAUUCCGAUGAACAGGCGGUGUUGGUGGACAAACUCACCGUCGUGUUCUACCAGUGCAGGUGUCUGGAGCGGCGGAUGCUGGAACACACCAUUAUGAUGCGUAAUGGGCAGCCCCUGGACGCCCGGCCGCCGGAUCCUUCGGAGCAGGAGCGCGUGCGGGGUGUGGUUUCGGAGGCUGACAGUCCGGACUACUGGUUUCUGGCCAGCAAGGAUGGCAGCAGGGAAAGCCAUUACAGGAACUCGUACCUGGGAGUGACGCUGGUGCACGACCUGGAGGCGUUCAGGCGGGGGAAGGGACGGCAGUUGGCUCAACCCGCCCUUGGUGCUGCACAGCCAGUCAAUUUCGGGUCGGCGCUACCCGGCAUCAUCCAGGCUUUCCGGAGCCGUGUGGACUUGGAGCUUCCUGGGUUGUACUGCUGGUUUCGGGACGACUCCCUGCACAGCACUGUACGAUCCCUCAUGGGCUAA